UUAGCGCGAGGCGGAACCUUCUUGCAGCUCAGCCUCCGGACGCCGCCGUUUGGACGGAAGCUCCCGCGGAGCGACCCUUAUCCGGCUGCGGCUUCUCGGAAGAUGGCGGGGCCUGAGCCGCCGCUGCCGCGAGGAGGCCCAGGCUCCGCUUCGCUCUCUCCGCCCCGGGGAGACCGCACCCUCCUCGUCAGGCACCUACCGGCCGAGCUGACAGCCGAGGAGAAGGAGGACUUGCUGAAGUACUUCGGGGCGCAGUCGGUGCGCGUUCUGUCCGAUAAGGGGCGCCUGAAACAUACAGCGUUUGCUACCUUCCCUAAUGAAAAAGCAGCAAUAAAGGCGUUGACAAGACUCCAUCAGCUGAAACUUCUAGGUCAUACUUUAGUUGUUGAAUUUGCAAAAGAGCAAGAUCGAGUUCAUUCCCCCUGUCCCACUUCAAAUACAGAGAAAAAGAAAAGGUCAGAUGACAUUGUGGAAGAUGACAAAGAGAAGAAAGAACCUGACUUUUUAACAAUAGAAAAUGGAAUUGCACCAAAUCAUGGACUGACUUUUCCACUGAAUUCAUGCCUCAAAUAUAUGUACCCACCACCUUCAAGCACAAUCCUUGCAAAUAUAGUAAAUGCUUUGGCAAGUGUGCCCAAAUUCUAUGUACAGGUGCUUCAUCUUAUGAAUAAAAUGAAUUUGCCCACACCAUUUGGACCUAUUACUGCACGACCCCCUAUGUAUGAGGACUAUAUGCCAUUGCAUGCACCCCUUCCACCUACAUCACCUCAACCACCUGAGGAACCUCCCUUACCAGACGAGGAUGAGGAUUUAUCUAGUAAAGAAUCAGAAUAUGAAAGCAGUGAUGAGGAGGACCGGCAGAGAAUGAACAAACUAAUGGAGCUAGCAAAUCUUCAGCCCAAAAGACCCAAAGCCACAAAGCCACGCCAAGUGAGAAAAAAACGAAAAUUAAAGGAUAUGUUGAAUAUACCUUCAACUUCACAUAGUUUGCAUCCUGUGCUGUUACCAUCAGAUGUAUUUGACCAACCACAACCUGUAGGUAAUAAAAAAAUUGAAUUCAAUAUAUCUAACAACAUGCCAGUGGCAUUUAAGAAAGAUUUGGAGAAGGAGCAGAAUAAUGAGGAAAAGAAAUCUGAUUCACCAGACACUGAACUUGAUGAUUCAAAUACGGGAUUUGGAAAAAUCUUCCCCAAACCUAAUUUGAACAUCACAGAAGAGGUUAAAGAUGAUUCUGAUGAAAUGCCCUCAGAAUGUAUUUCUCGAAGAGAAUUGGAAAAGGGUCGAAUUUCUAGAGAAGAAAUGGAAACACUUUCGGUUUUCAGAAGUUACGAACCUGGUGAACCAAACUGCCGAAUUUAUGUCAAGAAUUUAGCUAGACAUGUUCAAGAAAAGGACCUUAAAUUUAUCUUUGGAAGAUAUGUUGACUUUUCUUCAGAAACACAGCGGAUAAUGUUUGAUAUUCGCUUGAUGAAGGAAGGACGCAUGAAAGGACAAGCUUUUAUUGGUCUUCCGAAUGAGAAAGCCGCAGCCAAAGCCUUAAAAGAAGCUAAUGGCUAUGUUCUUUUUGGAAAACCCAUGGUGGUUCAGUUUGCUCGAUCUGCUAGACCAAAACAAGACUCUAAAGAAGGAAAACGAAAGUGAUAGGAGUGGAUAAAGAAGCAUUCCUGCGUAAAUACUGCUGUAAUACUGUCAUACAAGUGUAUCCUUUCUUGUUGUAUCCUUUUUGGGGCAGUGGUUUUGUUUUAUUUUGUUUUCUAGAAAUGCUUUGUCUACCAUUCAUCUAGAUUAAGCAAUACUUUUUAUACUUUAUUCAAAUGAAAUAGUUCUCAAAUGAGUUUUGUAGCCUGAACAAAUAUUUUACAUGUAUUUUAAAUUGACUGUUUAAUUUUCUAUAUUGUCAUAUAAUCAAGGAGAUUCGUUCAAGGAAAGUUAGUGAAUCAGGUCCCUUAGUGUAUACAUAUGCUUUACUACAGAAUCUGGUAGUAUUUCCUCUAUAUGUGAGUUUUCUCAGUCUGUUUCAAGAACAUGCUUUCUGUUUCAUGGUAUAUCCCAUUUAGGUGUUGUUCUAGUUUCGUUUUGUUGCUAUGACAAAUACGCUGACAAAAUCCAACUUAGGGAUGAAGGGGUUUAUUUGUCUUGUAAUUCCAAGUUACAACUCGUUGUGGGGAAGGCACGGCAUGAAUUUUGAAUAUAAUAUCCACAGUUGAUCAGAAAGAGAAUAAACCCAUAGAUCUUUUCUUGAUUAGUCUGAGCUAGUUUUUCCUCUCAGGGUCACCUUUCCUAAGAAACAGUGCUAACCAAAAUUGGCUGAGUCUUAAUGUCUAUCAAGACCAUGUUACGCCCUCAGACCAACAUAGUCUAGAUAGUAUUUAUUAUGACUGUCUUCCCAGGUUAUUUGGUGUUGUGUCAAGUUGACAGUUAAAAUUAUCUAGCACAGUUGUUGUAUAUAAUAUGUUCUAAAAAAGUUGACUGGGAAAGAAUAUUUUUUCCAUUAGUAAUAAAUAUAUUGAAAACUAAUAAGAUUUCUAUAAAAUUUUCAAUAGUAGAGUAGCAGAUAAUCACUUGAAAGUCUAACUGAAAUGUCUUUGCCAAUUGGAAGGAUUUUCCUUAUUCUUGGU